GUAUUCCAAGAUGACACAAAAGAAGAUGAAGUCGGUGAGGGGGACAUUAGCAAAUCGAGAAGCUACACCAAAGGCAGCGAUGAUGAAGAUAUCCAAUUCAAAUACCACAAAGGGGAAUCAGAUUAGCGAUAGCAAAAAGUUCAAUCUUUCCAGAUGCCAACAAAAGAAAAAGAAGAAAUCCAUUGCAAAUACCACUCGGAUUACGAUAGCAAAAAGUUCGAUGUUUCCAGAUGCCAACAACAGAAGAAGAAGAAUAAGAAAUCAGUUCAUACUUGCCAAGAGAUGGAUAUUGUUGCUCAUUCUCAGGGUUCAAUUUUUUCUCAACAAGACUUGAUGUGGGAGAUCCUCAGUUGGUUACCUGUGCGAUCUCUUUUGCGAUUCAAAUGUGUUGCAAAAUCUUGGGACAUAACAUCGGAUCCUUACUUUCAGAUGAAGCAUCAACGCCAUCAUGCCAAUUCCACAAAAUUUCUUGUUGUCCAUUGCAACCUCAAUAGGGAUGAUAACUUCUAUUCUACUUCUUCUUUAUCCUCCCCUGAUGAUGUACAAAAACUUGAUGAUCUCCCUCCAAAGAGUCACAUACUUUUUGGUUCUUGUCAUGGCUUGUUUCUUAUCGGGGUUGGUAGUUCUAAUAAUCAGGUUCUAUUGUGGAACCCCUCUACAAGGGAAUCAAUACUACUUCCCCCUCCCGAAUUUGGAAUAUUAAAUUCUUAUUUUGCAUUGGGAUACGAUCAAACUACUAAUGACUACGUGGUACUUACAAUUCACGAUGACAUGACACUAACCCCUGUAGACCCACACUGUGGAAUUCUUGCCCUAAAAAGUGCUUCUUGGAGAAAAGUCUGUAUCAAGACACCUACGUUGUUUUGCCCCUGUAGGGAUAGCUUUGGUACAUGUAUGGUAUUUAUACAUGGAGCAUUUCAUUGGCUUCCUUGCGAUUUUCUUGUGGUUUCAUUAAGUAUUUCAAAUCAGACACUUACAGAGAUACCAUUUCCAGAUCAAAUGUGCAAUCGGCAGCCUCCCAACCUUGGCAUCAAACAAUGUAGCCUUUCAGUAUUGGAAGGAAUGCUUUGUAUUUCUUCCUCUUGGAGAAGGAUUGAUGGGGUGGAUACUACUUUUAUGUUGUGGGCAAUGAAAGACUAUGGUGUCAAGGAAUCUUGGAUUCAAUUAUUUAAAAUUAACUUUAUCGGACUUGAUUUAGCCAAAUCGAUUUAUAGGUUUCCGGAUGGUGAUGUACUAUUUGACGUCUACACUUCAGGCGAAGGAGGGUUUUGUAGGUCACUCAGGACAUCCAAAGGACCAAUUCAAUUAUGGUUUGAUUGGUUUCAUUCAUUUUAUGAAUAUAGUACCAUUUUUGAUGUAACUACUUUCACGGAGAGUUUAAUCUCUCCAAAAUCACUUCUUUAAUAUUUAGUUAUGUAUUGAUUGAAACAUUUUUAUGUAACAAACUCUUGGUCUUAUAUUAAAUUUUAUUUUGUCAUUUCUGAA